CCAGAAAGCCGGAACCCCCUCCAAAGCUGGCCAGAUCACCAUGGCCAACUCUCCAGAACUGUCAAAGGAACUGCCCCCUUCGGAAAGAGCCAUCUCACCUGUCCCAUCCGACAUUGAACGCCAGAAUGAAGACGACGCACUCCUCAAAGCUGCCCAUCGCAAAGUAGACAAGCGCCUCCUCCUAUGGUACGCAUUUGUGUACCUAAUCAUGCGCAUCCACGUCUCCAACAUCUCCAACUCGGCCAUCAUCAACCUCGAAUCGGGUGACGGAAUCCGCCGCCAGCUCGGCAAUCUCUCAUCCCAACAGUGGGGAUGGGCACUGUCAAUUUUCUACUACCCGUACAUGUUCCUCGAGCCGCUCGCCACGCUGGCUCUCAAGAAGUUCAACCCGAAUGUCUGGAUGUCGCGCAUCAUGCUCACUUGGGGCAUCAUCAGUAUGUGCCAGGGCGCGACGCAGGACUAUGCUGGUAUACUGGCGUGCAGAUUCUUUCUAGGUGCUGCUGAGGCGGGCUUCUACCCAGGAGUGUUGUAUCACCUUAGCUUCUGGUACAGGACUGAAAGGCUACCACUGAGGAUUGGAUUCUUCUACGCAUGCGGGAUGUUCUCAGGAACGAUCAGUGGGUUGUUGGCGUAUGCGAUAUCUUUCAUGAACGGCGCUGGAGGCUUGGCCGGUUGGCGCUGGCUCUUCAUCCUAGAAGGAAUGCCGGCGAUUUUCUGUUCAGUCGUCACUUACUUCUUCCUACCAAACUACCCAGAGACAGUCGUGUUCUUGGACGAAACCGAAAGACAAGCCGUCCUCGACGACCUCCCAAAGCAGGCCCCGUCCAUGCAAGCCAAAACAUUCAGCCGGGCGCAAACAGUCUCACUGUUCAAAGACCCAACCUUCAUCCCCUUCCUCAUGAUCUGGAUCACGCACGGCAUCGGCGGUUGGGGCAUCUCCUUCGUCCUCCCCACCGUUAUCUACGAGCUCGGCAUCUCCAACACCGCCAUCAGCCAAGUCAUGACCAUGCCCCCCUUCACCCUCGUCUUCGUCAUCCUCUGCACCCUCGCCUACCUAAUCCACACUUCCCGCCUCUCCCCCUGGAUCGCCGGCCUCGCUGUCGAACUCACGCAGAUCAUCUGCUACAUCCUGCUCAUCACGGUCAAGAACGCCGUCGCAAAGUACAUCUUCGUCAUGAUUGCAACUGCGGCGUCGCAGUCGUUCUUCGCGCUCAUGUGGCCGGAGCGCAUCCGGGCGGCGAAGGGGACCACGACGGCGGGACUCGCCAUCGGCAUUACGAAUGCGAGCUGCCAGCUCAUGGGGAUCGUGGGGCCGCAGAUCUACCAGCCGAAGUUUGGGCCGACGUAUAGGGUGAGUUAUAUCUGCUCGAUCGGGCUGUUGAGUGCGUGUUUGGCGGCGGUGGGGACGAGUUGGUUUUUUGUGAGGCGAGGGGAUGAGGGGGUGGGUGGUGAAGAAGAGACUACUGCAUCGCCCUCGACAGGGAGGGCCGUAUGA